AUGAUCAACACACAACACAGCAAGAAUGGUCCGGCAGCCAGCGGAAGCACGGCCCCACCUGCUCACAACAAGCAGCCAUCGAUGGCUCCCAAAAAGACCGCCCUUAGGGAUUUACAGAAUGAAAAUGAGCGAACAAUCCACAAGCAGCAAGACAGCCUACUUCUUGGGAAACAGAAUGGAGACUCUAUCAAGGUCUGUGGGACCAAACGCCUCACGCCCGAGCGCCCCCACGGCCUCAACAUUAGUGGGGCCAACGAGAAUGUGAUGAAUGCGCGCAGGAGGUUCGAGCUGGAACUCGGUCGAGGGAGGCUCCAGAACAACAUCGAGAGGUUUUCGGAGUUGAAGAAUAUUGGUAAUGCUAAUCGUGCUCCCGUGAACGUGUCCGGUAAUCUGAAGCCGGCUGUAGCUUUCCCAGGCAAUGGUCUUCCGGUUCCCAUUUCUUCUGUUAAGAACAGUAAUGUUAAUGGGAUGGCUGCUGCUAAGGCAGCGCCUUCAGAGGCUGCCCGAGCGAUUGAGCCGAAGGUGAUGGGGCUUCUGCGUUUGUCUCCUUCUGAGCUUAGCAAGCAUGCCGUGGAAUUGGAGAAAAGGGCAAUCCAGUUGACUAUAGAGGAAGGCAACGAGAUGCAACGAAUGAGAACACUGAACAUUUUGGCGAAAUCUUCUCCAACAAACAAUUUGCUGCAAUCAAAUCAGUUAUUGCCACCCAAUAAGCGUUAG